CCGCCAUUUCAGUUUUUGAAGUUAGUUGUCAUCGGUCGCUUGAUUGUGGCUGAAAUUCUGUCGCUUAAACGCAUUACAUGAUUAUUAGAGCUUGAUUCCGCUCAUAAACCGAAUAAGAGUCCUUUUUAUUUCGUGCUUGUGGUUCUAUAUCGGCGAAUUGAUGUCCAGACGGCCAGCUGCGGAUGUCGCCUGUUUACUAAACGUGCUCUAGGCGCUAAAGUUUUUGUAUGAGUUGAAGGCUCUGCUUGUGGAUAACGGGAGGGAGAGAAGGGAAGGCCGGUGAAGCCUCGGCUUUGGAGUGGUUAUCAUGGCCGGAAAUUUUGACGCUGAGGACCGUGGCAGCUGGUACUGGGGUCGGUUAAGCAGGCAGGAGGCUGUGUCUCUGUUGCAGGGGCAGAGGCACGGCGUGUUUCUGGUCCGGGACUCCAUCACCAGCCCCGGCGACUACGUGCUCUCGGUGUCGGAGAACUCCAAAGUCUCGCAUUACAUAAUUAACAGCAUCAGCAACAACCGACAAUCCGGUCCAGUUUUGGCCCAUCCAAGGUUUCAUAUCGGUGACCAGGAGUUCGACGCUCUCCCUGCUUUGCUAGAGUUCUACAAAAUCCACUACUUGGACACCACCACCUUAAUAGAACCCAUUAACAAGUCCAAACACACUUCCUUCAUCAGCCUCGGCCCCGGCAGUCCCCCGCCUCGCCUGGAAGAUGAGUAUGUCCGAGCACUUUUCGAUUUUCCCGGCAAUGACGAGGAGGAUCUCCCAUUUAGGAAGGGCGAUAUUCUCCGAGUUGUGGAGAAGCCAGAGGAGCAGUGGUGGAACGCCCAGAACUCUGAAGGCCGGGCGGGGAUGAUCCCAGUGCCGUACGUGGAGAAGUACCGACCAGCGUCUCCGAGUUCGAUGGCAGGGCCCGGCGUUCCUGGGGGGCCGCUGGGAGGAAUGGGAAUGCUAGGGAACUCUGACGGCUCUGCAGCACAGUCUGGCCCUCCGCUGCUGGGAGACCCCAGCCAGUACGCCCAGCCCACCCCCCUCCCAAAUCUCCAGAAUGGACCUGUCUAUGCCAGGGCCAUACAGAAGAGGGUGCCUAAUGCCUAUGACAAGACUGCCCUGGCCUUAGAGGUGGGCGAUAUGGUGAAGGUGACCAAAAUAAACGUGAACGGCCAGUGGGAGGGUGAAUGUAAAGGCAAACGUGGCCACUUUCCCUUCACACACGUCAAACUGCUGGACCAGCACAACGCAGAGGAUGAGCUCAGCUGAGAGCGGACAGCCAGGCCGCAACCUGGACACUAGUAUUAGACCCUUCCUCACCCUCCCUACCUCCCUUCCAACCCAUUCCACAUGAUCCACCUGCUCCCCUCACGUCUGCUCCAGCUUUUAACCAAGUACAGUUUCAGAGAAUCACUGAGAACAAAACAAACACGCCGUUGCCGGACCCUUGUAACGCGCACACCCUCCAUUUCUACCCCUCUGAAUAAUCAUGCCCACCCUUCUCCACCACCUGCUCUGACUGACUAACUUAAAAAAAGGGUCCUGUGCUCUACAGUCAAACUAUAAACUGUGUCUCCUGUUCCAUGGAUGUGGCAACACCCUUUAGAUUCUCCCCUCGUCAUGUCCCUGCCGUGCACACGUUAUCAACACUCGCUCCUCAGGAGACUCCUCGCCGCAGAGUUCAACCACUUCCUCUUCCUGUGUUGGAGCCAGUUGAUAACUGCUCAGUGCUGUCAUUUUUUUUUUUUUCCAUCCUCUUCUUCAUCCGUCGCCAUGGUUACAGCGCUGUAGGAUCACGGGUGCUGCAUUCAUGUCAGAUGGGAAUACAGUAACAACUUGAGGGGUAACAACACAGUUUUCAUGUGUUGUCCUGUUUAAAGCUGCAUCAUUGAAUUUCUUUCAUGAACUUUGUUAAAAGCGUAGUUUGACAUUUUUAGAAAUAUGCUUAUUCAUUGUUUUACCUAGAGUUACAUGAGGAGAUCGAUACUACUCUGUGUCUGUACGGUAGAUAUGAAGCUACCGCCAGCAGCUGAUUAGCGUAGCUUGGCAUAAAAACUGGAAGCAGGGCGAAACUGCUAGCCUAGCUGUGGGUGAACGUAACAAAAUGCGCUUACAAGACCCUCUAAAGUUAAAACUAGUUCAAACAUUCUAUUUUGUAUGUUUAAUUCCUAGAAAAACUGAAGUUGAAAAAAAGAGUUCAGUUUUAUAGAGAUUAUGUGCUGGACUAUUUCUCUGCUGGGGGUGGCCAGAGAGGAACACCGAUAACGCUAACGGAGGUGUAACGUUGCGGAUGGCCUCUGUUCUGACACGGGUGCCUGGGUCUGUUUCCCCGACGGUUCAGUAAACUGCCGUUAGCGUCCUUAGCACCUGAGUUAAGUGCUGACCGGGGUUGGAUUGCUGUAAUGAUGGUGGCUGGCUGCUAGCUGGCUGGGGGCUGACUGUGGAUGUGUCCACGGGGCCGUUGUAAGCUCUCAUCCCGACUGAGACCCUGUUUACACGUACGUACACACACACAUACAUACAUAUAUAAACUACAUAUAUAUAUGUACGU